GUUCCCAAACUCUUCACUUUUCUUAUAAUAAAGCCGACAGUUGACAUUGGAAUAUUUAGAAGCGAGGAAAUUUCACGACUGGAUUUGUUGCACAGGUGGCAUCCUAUGACAGUUACACGCUGGAAAUCACUGAGAGCGGCCCAUUCUUUCACAUGUGUUUGUAGAAACAGUCUCCAUGCCUAAGUGCUUGAUUUGAUACACCCGUGGCCGGGCAAAGUGGUUAGGACACCUGAUUCUUAUCAUUUGGAUGGGUGGCUAAAUACUUUUGGCAAUAUACUGUACCUGUCAUGUUUUGUUCUGGAUGAGACCCCAGGCUGACUGACUAGCAAUCCUUAAAAGUAUAUUUAUACAGCACUUGAUCACUAGAAAGUUGCAAUAUGAUCUCUUCUUUCAGGAGACUUUCAUAUUGUGUAAAUAUUAGCACCACCCACAGAAGAGGAGGAAGCAGCAUCACCAAUAAGAAGAGCCAUAGAGUUACGAAAAAUAGAAGCACAAUGUCACGAACGGAUGAGGUCAACAAGAUGACGGAGAAUGUCUACAAGGGCAUUCUGGACCAGUUCAACCCCAGCUUGAAGAAUUUUGUCACCAUGGGGAAACACUAUGAGAAAGCCCUCACAGGCGUGACGCUGGCCGCCAAGGGCUACUUUGACGCCCUGGUCAAGCUGGGUGAGCUGGCCAGCGACAGCCAAGGCUCCAAGGAGCUGGGAGACACCUUGUUCCAGAUGGCCGAGGUCCACAGACAGAUCCAGGUGCAGCUGGAAGACGUGCUCAAGUUGUUUCAUGGGGAGCUGCUGGCCCAGCUGGAGCAGAAGCUGGAACUGGACAUCAAGUACCUGACAGCCACGUUGAAGAAGUACCAGACCGAGCGAAGGUCCAAGUCCGAGUCCAUCGAGCGCUGCCAGGCCCAGCUGAAGAAGCUGCGCAGGAAGAGUUUGGGCAGCCGACACCCCAACAAAUACGGAGACCGAGAGAUGCAGUUUGUGGAGCUGAUGAGUCGGCGCCAAGUGGAGCUGGACACGCUGGUUGCUGCGGGUUACAGGUCGGCGCUAACUGAGGAGCGCAGGCGAUACUGCUUCCUGGUGGAGCGCCAGUGUUGUGUUAGCAAGCUGCUCAUCAACUACCACUGCAAGGUGAGAGAGCUCCUGGCGCAGAAACUGUCGUCGUGGCAACAGUCGUGCACGCAGCCAACCAAACUCCCGGAGCGCGCUCUCAAUCUGAUGCGUCACACGGCGCCACAAAGCUCCGCAGCGGCCAGCAUGGCCGAGGUCCUUCGCCACACCAAGCUGCUCUGCAGCCAACCAGAGCAGGUUUUGCAGAAGCCGUCAGUUCAAGAAGUGCCGCCGCUGUUAAACGGCGGUCGCUCGCAGCCGCAGCAGCAGCGCUCACUUCCUUCCUCGUCCUCCCAGAGCGACUCCUGUGCUCCGGACUCCCCGCCCACCUCGCAGGGCUUCUCCAGGGGAGGGUCUCCGCAGCGCAGCAGCUUCUCCAGGGGAGGGUCUCCGCAGCGCAGCAGCUUCUCCAGGGGAGGGUCUCCGCAGCGCAGCAGCUCCCCUCUGGGCGUGUCCACCUGGGCGGGCCCAGCCGACACCGCCACCUCCCAGGCCGCCUCCCUCCUCAUGGCCGCCAACACCAUCAACCUGUCGCCCAGCCUCAUCCCCUCCACCGUCAUGUCCGUCAAGCAGGUGUCGCCGUCCAGCAGCUGCUCGCAGGGCGUGACCCUCGCUAUCCCGCACAGCCCGCCGCUGCCCCACAGCGCCCCCCUCUCCAGGGCCGUCACACCUGUGCACCAAGGGGCGGGAACGGCAGGUAACAGCACGCCGCCUUGGCUGAUGAAGGCUGCCGACAUGUGCGGCACGUCCACGCUUCCUCUACCCAGGAGGCCCGGCGGGGAAGUGAGGCUGGCUGGCUUUCCAGGCUCCAGGAUGCUACCUCAGUCGAGGCCAACGCGAGUGGCGGCCAUGUUUGCUCACUCACCCGCAGCGUCGGAGGGAGGAGGCGGGGCUUCCCUACUGCACUUCCUGCCCGGGGACAGCAUCACGCUGCUGAUCUCAGAGCCCAGAGACGGAUGGCACUACGGGCAGAACGAGCGCACGGGCCGAAAAGGCUGGUUCCCUUUCUCCUACACUCAACACGCUGGGACAGAUCACCUGGACAGAGACCACUUCCUGUCCAAGACCAACAGCACCAGCAUGAGUGGGCUGGACCAGCUGGUGUCUCCGCCCCUCACUGCCGAGUCAGACGAGGAGCACCGCCUUCCUCCACCCAGGGUCAGCACCUUCCGGCCUCGCCCUUACAGCAUGGCCGACAGCCAGCAGAUCACUGCCCAGUUGGCCUCACCACCACCCUCUCCCACCAGAGCGAACCCUUUUGCUCACGUUCGCCUCAGAAAGACUGUGACCAACGACCGCUCAGCCCCCAUCAUGGAGUGAUGGCUGCUUAUAUCGCAUGGAGUCACAGCACCCCUCUUCUACCAUGGCUGCUUAUAUCGCAUGGAGUCAAAGCACCCCACUUCUACCAUGGCUGCUUAUAUUGCAUGGAGUGACAGCACCCUUCUUCUACCAUGGCUGCUUAUAUCACAUGGAGUCACAGCACCACUGUUCUACCAUGGCUGCUUAUAUCACAUGGAGUCACAGCACCACUGUUCUACCAUGGCUGCUUAUAUCGCAUGGAGUAUCAGCACCCCUGUUCUACCAUGGCUGCUUAUAUCGCAUGGAGUGACAGCACCACUGUUCUACCAUGGCUGUUUAUAUCGCAUGGAGUCACAGCACCCCUCUUCUACCAUGGCUGCUUAUAUCGCAUGGAGUCACAGCACCCCUGUUCUACCAUGGCUGCUUAUAUCGCAUGGAGUGACAGCACCACUGUUCUACCAUGGCUGCUUAUAUCGCAUGGAGUCACAGCACCCCUCUUCUAUCAUGGCUGCUUAUAUCGCAUCGAGUCACAGCACCCCUCUUCUACCAUGGCUGCUUAUAUCGCAUGGAGUCACAGCACCCCUCUUCUACCAUGGCUGCUUAUAUCGCAUGGAGUCACAGCACCCCUCUUCUACCAUGGCUGCUUGUAUCGCAUGGAGUGACAGCACCACUGUUCUACCAUGGCUGCUUAUAUCGCAUGGAGUGACAGCACCACUGUUCUACCAUGGGUGCUUAUAUCGCAUGGAGUGACAGUACCACUGUUCUACCAUGGCUGCUUAUAUCACAUGGAGUGACAGCACCUCUCUUCUACCAUGGCUGGUUAUAUCGCAUGGACUGACAGCACCCCUGUUCUACCAUGGCUGCUUAUAUCGCAUGGAGUGACAGCACCACUGUUCUACCAUGGCUGCUUAUAUCACAUGGAGUGACAGCACCACUGUUCUACCAUGGCUGCUUAUAUCGCAUGGAGUGACAGCACCACUGUUCUACCAUGGGUGCUUAUAUCACAUAGAGUGACGCACCUCUCUUCUACCAUGGCUGCUUAUAUCGCAUGGAGUGACAGUGCCACUGUUCUACCAUGGCUGCUUAUAUCGCAUGGAGUGACAGCACCACUGUUCUUCCAUGGCUGCUUAUAUCGCAUGAAGUGACAGCUUCACUGUUCUACCAUGGCUGCUUAUAUCGCACUCACUGGAGAAACUACAAACUAGGGCUGUCACUGUCUCAAUCUGAUAUCAAGAAAAACAAGGAUUUGAUGACAUGUGUUUGCAUGUAAAAUGUGUGAUAUCAUGUGCGAUAUGAGCGGUCCUGCAGCGUGUUUACUUAAGUAUGGUAUAAUGUGCGAUACAAGCGGUCCUGCAGAGUGUUUACUUGAGUGUGAUAUCAUGUGCGAUACGAGCGGCCAUGCAGAGUGUUUACUUGAGUGUGAUAUAAUGUGCGAUACGAGUGGUCAUGCAGAGUAAUUACUUGUGUGUGAUAUCAUGUGCGAUACGAGCAGUGUUUACUUGUGUGUGAUAUCAUGUGCAAUACGAGCAGUACUGCAGUGUGUUUACUUGUGUGAGAUAUCAUAUGCCAUACAGGUAGUACUGCAGAAUGCUUGCUUGUGUGUGAUAUCAUGUACAGUACAACAGUCCUGCAGAGUGUUUACUUGUAUGUGAUAUCAUGUGCUAUACAAGCACUCUGCAGCGUUUUUUCUUGUGUGAUAUAAUGUGUAAUAUCAUGUGCGAUACGAGCAGUCCUGCAGCGUUUUUUCUUUUGUGAUAAAAUGUGUGAUACGAGCAGUAUUUACUUGUGUGUGAUAUCAUGUGCAAUACAAGCAGUCCUGCAGUGUUUACUUGUGUGUGAUAUCAUGUGCGAUACGAGCAGUCCUGCAGCGUUUUUACUUGUGUGUGAUAUCAUGUGGGAUACGAGCAGUCCUGCAGCAUGUUCACUUGUGUGUGAUAUCAUGUGCGAUAUGAGCAGUCCUGCAGCGUUUUUACUUGUGUGUAAUAUCAUGUGCGAUACGAGCAGUCCUGCAGCGUGUUUACUUGUGUGUGAUAUCAUGUGCGAUACAAGCAGUCCUGCAGCGUGUUUACUUGUGUGUGGGAUAUCAUGUGCGAUACGAGCAGUCCUGCAGCAUGUUUACUUGUGUUGUGAUAUCAUGUGCGAUACGAGCAAUCCUGCAGCAUUUUUACUUGUGUGUAAUAUCAUGUGCGAUACGAGCAGUCCUGCAGCGUGUUUACUUGUGUGUGAUAUCAUGUGCGAUACGAGCUGUCCUGCAGCGUUUUUACUUGUGUGUGAUAUCAUGUGCGAUACAAGCAGUGUUUACUUGCACGUGCUAGCCUAUAGGCUACUAGGAGCUAGCAGCUGCACACAAUAGCACACAAGCUAGGCAUAGGUAAUAAUCAUGGAACAAUAAAACGUGACAUUAUCAAGUAUCAAGCGUGUCCACAUUGUUCAACUUACUGCGUCAUGAGCAACA